ACUUUUCCAGCACAAGCUUUGUCCUCUCACUCUACCUUCCUCGCGAUUUAGGGUUUCUCCGUCUUGCAGAGACGAAACUUUGGAAAUGGCUGAUUCUCCUCGCAAAAGGUAUUCACCAUCUCCUUCUCCCUGGGAAGAAAAGUCUCGCUCUAGAUCCAGGUCUAGGUCUCGCUCUAGGUCAUGGUCAAGGCAAAGGGGAAGGUCCAGAAGUCGUGACAGAAAUGAUGCUACUAAUCCUGGAGACACACUCUAUGUGACUGGUUUAUCUACUAGAGUGACAGAAAGGGAUCUUGAAGAGCAUUUCUCUAAGGAGGGAAAGGUAAAAUCAGUGUUUUUGGUUGUUGAGCCACGGUCUCGCAUCUCUCGUGGUUUUGCUUUUGUAACUAUGGAUAAUGACGAUGAUGCCAGUCGCUGUGUCAAGCACCUCAAUCAGUCAGUUCUUGAAGGCCGAUACAUAACUGUGGAGAAGUCCCGAAGGAAACGGGCAAGGACCCCAACACCUGGGCAUUAUCUUGGGCUCAAGAGCAGCAGGGGCGAGAGUUAUCGUGGUGACCGUGGAGACCGUGGAAGGUACCGUGGCCACAAUGACUAUGGCUAUCGAAGGUCUCCAAGACGUUCUCCAUAUCGGGGUGGCCGAGAGCGAGAUUAUUCUCCUAGGCGUUCACCAUAUGGGGGAAGGUCAAGAAGGGAUCGGUCGAGGUCAUAUUCUCCUUAUCGCAGUCUUGAAAGGAACUAUGCUCGUGGUAGAUAGGACCCUUCGUCAUGGAUCUGUCAUAUUUUCUAGCUGAGUUUCUGUCUGAUUGAAGUCUGGUUUGAAUUUCUGAAUAUUGAUGCAUGUUUUGUGCCUUUCUGAUUGAACUCUUGAAGGUUUGAACUAAAAAAAUGGUAGUGACAACGAAGCUGAAUUGUUACAUUGUUGUUCAUGUACGGUGUAUCUAUAUAGUUAUUGUUGUGAUUCUUAUUUAGCGUAUUAAUGUAAAAUGGUUAUAUUGUACAAACUUUUUAAUAUUAUAUACCACACUUUUAAUCAAA